AUGACAAAAAGCGUCUGCAUCGUCGGUGCCGGCCCGUCUGGGCUCGUAGCAGCAAAAACACUACUGCACGAUGUAUCUCCGGGCACUUUCAAGGUCACCAUAUACGAGGCGCAGUCGCGCAUCGGAGGGCUGUGGCCCCUGAGCAAAAACGACAACGCUGGGCUUGUGCAUCCUCUCAUGGUAGCCAAUCAGAGCAAGCACACUGUCCAAUUCAGCGAUUUCGCAUGGGACGACACUGUCCCUCAGCUGCCUAGGGCAUGGCAAGUCGGCCAAUACCUAGAUCGCUAUUUGCAGAGAUACGAUGGCGCAGAUGUGAGACUAAACCAUCGGGUUGUGCGAACGGAGCUACAAGACGCCGGCACGUGGAAAGUAGAGACUGAAUCUGAGAAGGGAGCCCAGACAAGUGUCUUUGAUUAUCUCCUGGUCACGACGGGGUUCUUUGGGAAACCAAUGUGGCCUGAGAAUAUGCCUGGCGGCGCUUCGGUUCCGGUGGUACAUAGCAGCAAGUACCGAGACCUUGAAAGCCUGCUUCAAGAUGGAGACAGCCAAGGCAGCAAGAUCCUCGUGCCGGAUGCUACUGCACCGCCGUUCUUACCAUGCGAUCUGCCUGCUUACAACAAGGCCGUGAGGCCACAGCCUUUGAAGAACACCCAAGGUCAUAUCAGCGUUGAUGCGGCCAAGGCUUUCAACUUGAUUUAUCAGUCAGUACUUGGUACUGACCAAGAGGACUUUUCGGCACAGAUCAAGAUAGGCUCGGAAUUUCACGAACAACAGCCAUUCCUGGCGAUGAGCUCACAAUACGCCGAUUUCGUGAGGUCUGGGCUUAUCACUGUCAGUCAUGGCAAGGUCUCCGCGCUGUCCGGCACCUCUGCCUCAGUGGAGCCGUCAGGUGAAGAGAUCAGGGAUAUAGCAGCUGUUGUCGUGGCCACCGGCUUCGACCCGGCACAGUCUCUCAAGUUCCUUCCUCCUGAAGUCCUUGAAACGAUUUCUUACUCGCCAUCUCAUCCCACUGUCCCUGCCGCAUUGGCUUUUCAUGGGACACAUCAUCCAGCGUUACCUACGCUCGGGUUUGUUGGUUUCUAUCGAUCCCCAUAUUGGGGCGUCAUGGAGAUGCAAGCGCGUUUCGUUACGGAGUUAUGGACGUCAUGUUCCAAGCCAUCAGCAUUGGCGGACGCCCUCGCUAAGGAUGACACAAUUCAGCGAAUGGCUGCGCUGCGAACUGAUCCGCGAGCAUCCCAAUUUCCCAUGGGCGACUAUGUAUAUCUGAUGCAGGAGUUCGCGAAGGCUCUGGAGAUGGACAUCUCCGCACCGAGAGAAACACCCCCUCUGGCGAACGGAAAGAGCAUGGACAUCAUCACCCCAGCGCGCUACGCUCCAAAGGGGGCAACAGAAGUCCAAAUGGUUGAGGUCGACAAAAAUUUGGCUUCGACACAGCAGACAGCCCUCGCCGGCCUGACGAAGGGCAAGUUCGUCGCGUACGCUGUCUUCCGGUCACUGCUGGGCGAGUGGAGACUUGAGCGAGAUCUUGUCUCCAGGCUGCCGUCGCAUCCCAGUGGCCGCUUCGUUGGCACCGCCAAGUUUCUGCUGCGAGAGGGAACAAAUGACGGUCGACACGGGUCUGAGGAUACCGAUCUGGGCAUGGAGUAUCUUUAUGUUGAAGAUGGCGAUUUCAUUGCCAGUAAUGGAAUGACGUUCCGUGCGACACGGCGGUACGUUUGGAGAUACGACGAGCUGAAAGAUGUGCUCAGCGUCUGGUUCGCCCAGACAGAGGACCACAUGAGAGCGGACUACCUGUUCCAUGAUAUAGAGUUUAUCGUGCCGGAUGGUGAAGGGUCCUCCAAGGGCUGGCAGGCCAGAGCAAGCCAUCUCUGCAUCGAGGACCUUUAUGAUGUGCACUACGAGUUCCAGUUCAAAGCUGUGAACCUGAAGAAGUGGAGCCUCGGAUAUACAGUCAAGGGCCCAAAGAAGGAUUACACCAUCGCCGGGCAGUAUAGCCGAUUCUAG